UCAAGAGUAAAAGCACGCGUUCAACUUGAGAUCCGACUUUCUAAUCGAAAACAUCUCGUCCAACCGAGAAAUUGGUGAAUGAAAACAGUUGCAGAAAACAGAUAAAGCUCAAGUGCGGUUGUAUGAAUUAAAGAACGGAUCAAGUGUUUUAGAUCAGGACGGUGUUUGAAACUAGUGAAAAGUAUAAUCAGAAAAUAAGAGCUUAAAACAGUUGAGUCUGCACCGCAACAUCCAGUAUCGCACAGAGGAGUAAUUAGGUGACCAUCUAUCUUUCUGCCCCGGGGAGAUCUAUCUUUACAACAAGACGCCCAUUGACCAGACUGACCAUGGUGUGACAAUAACUGGAAGUGAAAUGAAAUUAAUUUAAAAGUAAAAGAAAGUGCAAGUGCUACACUAAGUUAAGCAAAAGUGCGACAUAUUUAGUAAAAAUGAAAUUCAGUGUGCUCGGCAUAACAAUAGCCUUUGUGCUGUUAAGUGGCGGUAGCUUCUUGCGUGCCGAAGAAGAUGAUGAUUUAAUUGAUUUCCCAUUCGACGGUGAUUCGAGCGAGUCAUUGGGCGCAUUUGAAUUAAAUCGAGAGACCGCUAAUAAGCCAGUGGUUAGGCUCGAUGACUUUGGGGACGAAUUCAAUGAUGACGUCGCUGUAGAAAGUGACAAUGGAGAUGGUCAGAAGAAAGCUAGUUUCGUGAAAAAUAAGGAGAAGCUGAUCAGAACUGCUCUUUCAAAGGCGCUCACGAAUAGAUCUUUGCGGCAAAAAUUUGUUGAAGUGGUUCCUAUUCUUCGGGUGCUGUCGAAACCUCAAAGAUUAGCUUUUGCAUCGCUUAUAACGACGCAAAUUAAUGCCAAGCCGGGACAGGAGCUGAAGUUGAAGCAGGUAGAAUCUAUGUUCGGCGACAGCAGAAAGUUAAUUCUUCCAAUUGUCUUUGACAUCGCAAAUUUAGUGAAACACGCCGCCAAGAGCGUUCUAGAUCAACAACAAUUUAAGAAAUAUCCAAUUGAUCAAAUAGCUGAAGCGGAUACCGAGGUACUACGAAGGAACUAUGAAGUCUUACCAGGGGAUGAUGGCGAUAUCGUCGAUUAUGAGUAUGUGGAUGAAGUCAUGGAUGCAAAGGAUAUUAACGCAGUCGUUUCAAACAGUUCAGAUAUUUCCCCAAAGCGACGAUCCAAACGCUCAGCACCUUUAUCUUUUCUUGAGCGAUUAUCAUUUCUGAUGCCAAGGGGAAAUCAAAGGCGUUCUGUCAAUGGUGCUUAUCAAAUUGAAGAUAGAAGACUAAAUACCACUAACGUAAACGUAAAUGUUCAAGACCAACAAGCUUUGUCGACAGAAGGUUCGCAGACUAUCGCUGAUGAUUCAGUGGAUAGUUCCUCACUAGUAUACGAGCAAAUCGAAGAUUUAGCUUUCAACGAACUGAAUGGAACAGAGAUUCAGCUGAAUCAAACAGAUACAAAUAAUGAAUCUGAUUUCGAGGAGCUACCGAAACCGGAAAGCCUAAUUCGAUCGAGACCUCGAGUUGUGAGCAAUAAGCUUGGUCAUGGUCACAGAAAGCCGCCGCAAUACAGACAUCCAAUUAGGUCGCGUAAAACGCCUAAUCCCUUGGGUCAUUGUGAAAGAUUUACUUCGUCAAUGUGUAUCCGAACUGAGGAUUAUCCUAUGGAGCAGAUAAUGGGAAGUAUUAGACGACACAGAAAUGCUAUGUCGGCACUUUUAGCGGAGUUUAGAGAUAAAUCAGCGGAACUGGAGCAACAGGAGAUUUUAGACGAUUUGCUGUUGAAUAAGAAAAGACGAGAAGACGAUAAUGCGACUCCGGGUGGAAUGUGCUCAAGCGUGGUACGAUACGCUCGGCCACAGAAGGCACGCUCCGCAACAGGCGAAUGGAAAUACAUUGUAAACACUGGACAACACUCGCAGACGUUACGUUUGGAAAAAUGCAGUAAUCCGCAAGAGAGCUGCUCCUACCUGACUGAAAAUUAUCGUUCCCGAUGCGUUCAGAUCUACAAUUACCACAGGCUUUUAAGUUGGGACAAAACUCGUGGCCUUCACGUGGAUAUAUUCAAAGUGCCGACUUGCUGUUCUUGUCAUGUGGAUGGUUACCGCGAUUUGUAUCCACCAAUUGCGUCGUCAAAUAUAGGGAACAAAUUGAAAGAUUAUUCACAUUUCUCAAAAUUGAACCCAUACAGUACCAUAUCCGAUGACGAGGAUUAUGAUGAUGAGGAGGAAGUUUCAGAGUCAAUUGCUUACCAGUUCGGGAAUGGUUUCAAAAAAGUCAAGUCAAAUAAGUAUGAUCCAUUGCACAGUGGGUCCAGUAUAAAGUCUUCUCUGGACUUUGCCAAAGGACCAACAAAAAUUGGUACACACACUGCCAAUUUAGGCACCUACCUGAGCCCUCCUUAUGAUGAGUUUGAUUCAAACUACCCUUUUAAACGUGGUCCUGAAUUAAGUUCACAGAAUGUAGGGCUUGUAGGGGGUUUGUCUUCUGUGCCACGACGCGCCCUGAGUCAUGGCUAUCACCAUGACGUCGGCGACCGACUCGAUCAGGACAUUGGCGGUAGUGAGGGCGGUAAAGAGGUAACUGUAUAUCCACCGAUCGAUACAUCUACAGUGCGUCCGAGUAGGAAACGAAUUUCUUCUGUGUCCACAGCUCAGCAGACUCCGACCUCCAGAGAGACCCGCCUAUCGGGAUUAUCGCCAGCAACUGCAACGAAUGACUCCCCAUAUCGUCCGGACCAGGUUUUCGAUACAAAGUUUUCCGGGACCACUUCGAAAACGGAUAUGAGCAAACGCAUUAACUACAACUAUCAUCCCAUCAUUGAUUUCUUCGAGGAACAGGCUCAGCACCUUUCGUCAUCGAGCCAGUUAGCACUUUCGACAACGACGGGGCUCCCGAAAAUUUUCACAGGAUAUCGAACCUCGAACGAGAUACCAAACGUAGUUCAGCCGGUGGACAGUAACUGGCGUCCGGUGGUCGUCGAGUAACUGCACACGUUUUUGCCAAUGAGUUUUCAAACUAAGAUUUCUGCUAUUUACGUGUAUCUUGAUACAAUCAUCUCCAUCGAAUUCAUCUAGUAUAUAAGCGACUGCAGACUUGUUUCCCUCAUUACAUUCUCUAAUUUAUUAAUUUAUUUAUUACCUCAUUACUUUGCAUCUGCCGAUUAUCUUCAUGAUUACAUCUGCGAUUAUGGUUCACAUCCUCAUCAUCAUCUUCAUAACGAUCAUAAUCAUAUGUUACGUUGGAAAUCCAUCUUUUCUGCAUGCUUGAGUUGGUUUAAUUUGUGGCGUACCUGGUAUUUAUGGAUGUAGCUAGACCAUCGCGAUAAGUGUUGUCGAUUUGUUUGGUUUUCAAUAGAAUGUAAAUUGAACUGCUUACAAUACAUAGUGAUGUAACUUGCCACUUAAAUUAAAAUAGGAACGAAUUGAAAUGUAGAAGUAUCGAAGGCUUUCACAGACAUACCUGAAACCAACUAAUGUUUCUCAUUUAGAUACAAACCCAUCUGUAUAUUUCUAGUUUGCAAUGGCUUUCUUAAAUAUACGUU